AUGAGGACUGUGGCACGAGCCUUGAACCCUGACGCUCGUCCAGAGACACCACGCAAGACCAGAAAGAAUGAGGAGCCUGCGUGGGGCACACAGGCCCCGAGGGCCAAGAGGGAGAGCGACAGAAAGUGCCUCCACUCCAUCCUGAGACAGAGCCGGCCAGAGUGCCACCACCACAGAGCUGAGCCACAGAGGACCUUGAGACGCGUGCGGUUCCGUGAGCCCCCAGAGGUGGCCAUCCACUAUAUCGCCAGCAGGGACGCCACAGCCACGGCAAAGGUGUCCAGCUGGCCUGCACCCCGAGGUGGCUCCCUGCUCCUGCGCCUGUGCGUGUGUGUCCUGCUCAUGGUGGCUCUCGGCCUGUACUGCGGCCAGAACAAGCCCGUGGCACUGGCCCUGGAGGACUUGCGAACCCGGCUGCUGGCCAUCACUCUGUGCCUGCGGCAUGCGGUCCUCACCUGCUGGCGCUGCCUCCUGCAGCUCUGA